AAAAUCCUAAAUGCAGAUUUGUACAACGUAACCUAUGAGCCAAAAAAUAAAAAUCUGUCUUGUAAUUCUGUACAAAUCCAUUAUACCAAGAAUGAGGAAAAUCUUACUUUGAAAAUAAUUUGUAAAGUCAGUAAAGAGAGCGAGGAAGAUCUCAACCAACCCCAGAGUAGCCCCAGACCCCUAGAGGGAGACGAAGGUCACCAACAAGCGGCGUCGUCUAGCCCCAAGUCGCAGAGUAUCGGUCAUCGCGGGCAGAAUAUCGGUUGCAAGUCGAGGACAGUCGGUCAAGGGUCAGGGUCGAGGAGCAGUUUUUCGUGCGACGAAUGCGGGAAGGAAUUCACCCAACGUCAGGCAGUUCGUUACCACAAGAUCUGGAAACACAGCGGAGAGAGGCGCGGGCCGUGUCCUCACUGCCAGUACAAGGCGCCCGAUGCCACUAAACUUAAGCUCCACAUUAACAAAGUUCACCGUGGGUUUAUGCCUUACAAGUGCAAGUUCUGCUCCAAACAGUUCAAGUGCCACUCCAACCACAAGGAACACGAGGCGAGACACCGGGGCGACGGGGACUUCGAGUGCGGCCUGUGCGGGAUGAAGUUCGCCAUCGGGUCGUCCCUGGAGCGCCACGCGCGUAACCACGGCGCGGACCGGCCGUUCUCCUGCGAUCGCUGCGGCAAAACCUUCAAGGCCAAGACUCAUUUGGAGAGGCACGUUAAAUGUCUGCACCUACAGGAGAAGAAGGUGUCGUGUGAGGUGUGCGGUGCUGCUCACUUCAACAACUGGAACCUGAAGGUGCACAUGAAGAUGCAUCAGGUAUCAGCUCAAGACAAUGGCCGCAUCUGUAACAUAUGCAACUGUCUCUUUAGGAAUAAGUCCGGCCUUAUGGUACACAUGCGUAAACAACACAACGCCACAGCCCUCCGUUCACCGCACAAACCCGACGCACAGACCGACGCGGCUCACACGGACACGGCUCACACCGGCACCAGACAAGACAUGGCUCACACAGACACCAGACAAGACACAGACACCAGACAAGACCAACUGACCACAGACACCAGACAAGACCAACUGACCACAGACACCAGACAAGACCAACUGACCACAGACGGUACUUUAGAGUUAAUGAACGAGGAUCCAUCUCUCACAGGAGACGACAUAACACAACACACAACUAUAGUCAUACAAGAUGGAUCUUUACCACAGUUCAGUGAUGGGUGUCAGCCAGAGCUCAUCUAUGACAACUUCUGUCAGUACACCUCCAUGCAUACCUUCGAGUUGUAUCCUUGUGGCGAGUGUCUGGUGGUGUUCCAGUCUGAGGAAGAUCUAUUGAUUCACCACCACACACACACACUAUGAGGGGUGAUUGUUGGUGGUCUAGACACACACACACAUACACACACACACACACACUAUGAGGGGUGACUGUUGGUGGUCUAGACACACAUACACAUCAACACCUCCCAUCAUCUGUCAGUCAAUAAGAUAUAUGAAUUGUUAUUAUAAUAUUGAUAUACUCAGAUUUUUAUAUAUAGUAACAAAUACAAUAUAUCCUCCAUAUAAUGAACUAAUUAAAGCCGACCAAUUCUGCUAAAUUGGAGUCUCCGUUAUUUUCGCUCGAUUCAGUAAACUAAUUUGCUAAAUCGACCUCGAUUUUGUUAAAUCCCGUGCCAAAGGUGCCGCUCAGUGUGUGAGGUUUGCUUACAUCCGCUCGGUGUGUGUCCUGCCGCCACCACUGGUGUUGUUCACUGCUACCUCCCAGUAACCUCUCAAUCUAUCACUUGGAAAAAAAAGUUUGGAAAUAAUUGAACAAACUAUAACCAAACACCGGACCCCAUAGUUUAAGGUAAGCCGUUAAUAAUGUUUCCAUGUACGCAUCACGUUUCUAAGGUGUGCGUAUGUGUGAGCGUACUGUAUGUGGCCUGUUGUCAAUUCUCUUUGUAUGGGCACACAAACGUACGUACAUGUGGAUAUCUCACACUCAGGAAUGAGGUAGGAUAGAAAUUCACA